AUGUCAUCUGCUCAGGUUCCGGAAAACCUGAAGUCUGUGGUUAAGUUCUUGAAGUGCGCAGAGCAACACGACACCAGAGAUGUUGUUGUUGCUUAUUUCUGCCGCUUGUGUGCUUUUCAAAAGGGGUACGCAUUGGAUGCGUCCUCACCCAAUUCGAAAGCCUUCCUCACCAAACUCAUGUGCAAGCUGGAAGAAAUGAAAGCCAGUAAUGCGGCGAACGAGGCGUUCAGUAGUGAGACAGUCGGACUGGCACAUUUGGAAGAACAUGCGAUUAAGUUGUUUCAGUUCGCUUACAACAGGGAUGUGAAUGCGGACUUCACAAAUGUUCUCCACAGAGCCACUGUACAAUCUUUUCUCACAGCUGGCGUGCUUCUGGACGUUGCUACAACACUUGGACAACCGACGGACGAGUUGGAGAAGAUGAGAAAGUAUGCUAAAUGGAAAACGCUGUACAUUACCAACUGUCAAAAGAACGGAGAGGUACCCAUUCCGGGCCCGGCCGCUGCGAGUCAAGAUUCGGAAUUAGACAUCGACUUCGAUUUCAAAGUUCCUGGAGGGCUACCGACCGCAAAGACGCCCCAAGCCCCACCAGUUGCAAAUCAGCCGAAGCCAGUUGUUGAUCCAGUCGUCCCCGUUCCUUCAAAUCCGGACACGCGCUCUUCCGUUGAUAACACCAAUCAAAUCGAUUCCGAGGUUUACGUAGCCGUGGAGAAACAGAUACGCUUCGCAUUGAGUGCGCUUCAGUACCAGGAUAAGAAAUCCGUUGUGGACAACUUGACCAAAGCCUUAAAACUCCUUUCCAGCUAAUCCGAGAAAUGGCAUUGUGAUGGAAGGUGGACUUUCAUGACCUACACCCCAUACCUCACAAUCCCCCAUUCCUAUGGAAUACGUUGAACUCUUCGCGGAAUAUCUAUCUUACUUGAUAACCUUUCGUUACGUUUUAGGUUGCCUUUCGCCGUGCCUCAUAGGUCGUUUUCUACGUAUAUGAUUAUAAUUCAUCUGUGUCUGUGAUAACGGACAACGUUGCCGUUUUCUUGGCUAUUAUCCUGUUUCCACAUUAUUACACGUAUUUCCAUUCCCCAUUUUACCGAGCGGCCGUGAGGGUACCUUGAUUGCGAGUUUGUCGGCUUUUCCGCGGUUGUGAAAGUAUUCGCGCUACCCUUGCGUUCACUGCUUAAUUACUACUGUUAAUCGGUUUUAUCG